CAAAACUUAUUUAUCAAAAUAAUAUUGUUGAAUUUUUCAUUCGACAACCAUUUCAUCAACAUAGCGAAUAAAAUUAAAUUACAAAAGGUUGUUUGCGAACGCGAGUGAAUUGCAGCGAGUUGGCAGCAUUAGUGGAGCUGCGAAGCAGAUCAAAAGCAAAGCGAAGAGAACGCAGCGCAGCCGAAAAAAAUUUUUGGAAGCAGUAAAGCAGCGCACUGCACGCGAUAUAUUUUUUAUUUUCCAAAGGGUUCAAGGGCUUGUAUUAAUCAAAUCAGCGGAUCAACGUGCCGGGCAGCCGAACUGUGAGAGUGGAACGUACCGUUUGUUUGUUUGUGUGUGUGUGUGACGAGUGUUUAUAUCUGUGUGUCUGCGUGUGUUUUUUUCUGACAAAAGCAGCAGCAGAGCAGAGAGCAGUAAGCAUAUUACCACCACCACCACAACAACAACAAGCAGCAGCCGCCGCAGCAACAACAACAAGCAACAGCAGCAGUAGCAGCGACCACAACAACAGUAACAAAGCAAAAAGACUGAUAACGAAGUAAAGCGCAGGGAAUCGUAAAGAAAUAAUCCAGUUGUGUAUCGUUGCUAUACAAACAGACACACAACGUACAUAUAAAGGGCGACAAGCAAUAAAGUAUUCUAAUCGAAAGCAAAAAGGAGUUGGAUACCGUCAUCGAUAACCGAUAACAACAAACACAGGGAUCUAAACAACAACAAAAAUGGGUGAUCUGAUGGUCGAAGUGCGACUCGAUAAUGGUGCCUACUACAAGGGCCAGGUGACAGCUGUCGGCGAUGAUGGCAUCUUUGUGGAUGUGGACGGUGUGCCUGAGGUGCUGAAAUAUGCAUUCGUCAAUGUUCGCCUGCCACCCGAUGAGGCGCCGCUGGGAGGCGUGCCAGCUGCACCCGCCUUCGAGGAGGGCAUGGAGGUGGAGGUGUUGACGCGCACAAACGAGCGCGAAACCUGCGGCUGGUGGGUGGCAGUGAUCAAAAUGCUCAAAGCUGAAAUCUGUGCGGUGGCAUACAUUGGCUUCGAGACGCCCUACACCGAGAUCUGUGAGCUGGGCAGACUGCGCGCCAAAAAUCCAAAUCCGCCAAUCACGCCCAAAUCGUUCUUUCAGUUCACGUUGCCUGUGCCCGAGGAGUUGCGCGAAGAAGCUCAAAAGGAUGGCAUACACAAGGAGUUUCAGCGCACCAUCGAUGCUGGUGUCUGCAAUUACAAUCGCGAACUGGACGCUCUCAUUGUCAUCUCCAAAUGGGAACACACUCAAAAGCGUGCCAGCAUGCUCAAGGAUAUGCAUUUUCGUAAUCUCUCACAAAAGGUUAUGCUCUUGAAAAGGACUGAAGAAGCUGCUCGCCAGCUGGAAACGACUAAGCUGAUGAGUCGCGGCAACUUUAUUGAGGAAUUUCGCGUGCGCGAUGAUCUCAUGGGCCUGGCAAUUGGCUCACACGGCUCCAAUAUACAAGCGGCACGCACGCUGGUCGGCGUUACGAAUAUUGAGCUGGAGGAGAAGUCGUGCACAUUCAAAAUCAGUGGCGAGACAGAGGAGUCGGUGCAGCGGGCCCGGGCCAUGCUUGAGUAUGCCGAGGAGUUCUUUCAGGUGCCCAGAGAGCUGGUGGGCAAGGUGAUUGGCAAGAAUGGUCGCAUCAUCCAGGAGAUUGUUGACAAAAGUGGCGUGUUUCGAAUCAAGGUGAGUGCUAUCGCUGGCGAUGAUGAACAGGAUCUGAAUAUACCACGUGAAAUGGCGCAUGUACCCUUUGUGUUCAUCGGCACUAUGGAGAGCAUUGCGAAUGCGAAAGUGCUCCUCGAAUAUCAUCUGUCGCAUCUAAAGGAAGUGGAGCAGCUGCGUCAGGAGAAGCUGGAGAUUGAUCAACAGUUGCGAGCCAUUCAAGAGUCCUCCAUGGGUUCGACACAAAGCUUUGCGGUCUCGCGGCGCUCGGAACGCGGCUACAGCAGCGACAUCGAGUCCGUGCGCUCGAUACGCGGCGGCAGCGGUGGCCAGCGUGGUCGUGGACGUGGGCGUGGCGGUGGCGGCGGUGGCAACAAUAUGAAUCAGCGCUAUCACAACAAUCGACGCGAGGACGACGAUUACAAUUCCCGCGGCGAUCAUCAGCGUGAACAGCGUUAUAAUGAUCGCGGCAAUGUUGGUCAAUCAAAUGCUGGCAACAACAGUGGUGGAGGUGGAGGCGGUGGCAACAACAGCAGCGGUGGCGGUGGAGGUGGUGGCAACAACUAUCGUGGCAAUAAUGAUAGGCGUGGCACCAAUCGCCGGCCGCCACGCAAUGAGCAGAACGGUGGCGGCGGUGGAGGCAGCGGCAGGGAUUAUCAGUACCACAAUCACACCGAGGAGAUGCGAGAGACGCGCGAAGUGAGCAGCGUGGAGCGUGCGGACAGCAACUCGUCGUAUGAGGGCAGCUCCAGAAGACGCAGAAGGCAAAAGAACAACAAUGCGCCUAGCAACAGUGAGUAUGCCAAUGGCGCAGUGGGCAAUAAUAACAACAACAAUAACAACAAAACACAGCAGCAGCAGUCGUCACAGUCAGGACAGCAACAGCAACAACAGCAGCAGGCGUCGUCAGCGCAAUCGAACAAAGCCCAAGUGAAUGCACAAGAGAAUAACAAACAGAGCAGCGGCAAUGCGAACAACUCUUCAACUGGAGGCGGCGGCGGAGGCGGUGCCAACAACAAAUCGAAGGAUGCGCCGCGCAACAACAGUGACAAGCAACAGGCUGGCACACAGCAGCAGCAGCAGCCACAACCACCGCAACAACAGCAGCAGCAGCAGGGACAACAGCAACAACCGCAGGCGGCACAGCAGCAAUCGAAGCCGCGACGCAACAACAAGAAUCGCAACAACCAUACAGAGCAGGCGGCUGCAACGGAUGCCAUUAAGAAGGAGGGUUUGGUCAACGGUACGUCCUAGGUAACAGCAGCAGCAGCAACAUUACAACAACAACAGCAACCACCACCACAGCAGCAUCAGCAGCAACAAGAAUCGCAUCCGCAACAACCACAAACAACAACACACAUUGCACAUUGUUCGACUAACGAAUUGUUGUAUGCGCAACAACAAAUGAAUGCAGGCCGAUAAAUAAAUUAGAAUGUUAAUGUAAACACAACAAACAACAUCAACAACAACAACCACAGCAACAUCAACAACAACAACAACAACAAAAAACUAUAAACUAUAAAAAAACAACAAGAAGAUGAACAACGUGUAGAGUAGGCAUAAAUAAUAAAAUGUUUCAGAAACUAUUUGAGUAACUAAAACAAAGCAUAAAAUAUACAUGAAAUAUGUAAUAACUAUACAAUCAUACUAACACACACACACUACACGCACACGUACACACACACACAGACAGCUCGAAUUAUACACAAAAGAAGAAAGCAAGAAGAUGAAGGAGGAUGAACAAACCUGCCUAGGCUUAUAAUUGUAAUUGAAAUUAAAUAAAACUUUAAUAACAAUCAAAAUGAAACUAAUAUAUAUAUGUAUAUCUAUAUAUAUAUAUGUAUGUAUAUAAAUAUAUGUGUAUAAACAACAAAAAACCUAAAACUAAUUGGAAUAUGUUAACUUAAACGUAAAUCAAGCAAGCAACUACUUAGCAUAGUUUCUCACUCUCUCUUUCUCUCAGUCGAGAAUUGCGCUUUAAAAGCGUCUCUUUUUUUUUUGGUCAACAAAUUUGCAAAUGUUUAUAGUUGCAUAAAACAAAUUAUAGUUGAAACAAAGAAGAAAAAAAUAACUAUAUCAAAUGUAAUUGCUUCGCUUUCGCUCCUACAUUUUUUUGUUGUUGAUUUUUUUAUUGAUUAGCAUUAAUUUAGUUUGUCAAGUUUUGUGUAUAAUUCGUGCGUGGAACAAACUGAAAUGCAACAGUUAACUAUUAUAUUAUCUUUAUUAGUUUUUUUUUUAUUAUUAUUUUCGCGCUUCAAACUUUAUUAUUUUUUUGUAUUAUUAUUGUUUAGUUACGUACCCAAAACUUCAAAUGUGUUGCUAACACAAAUCUCAGCAGACAAAAUUGUAUGAAUGAAUAUAGAAAGAACAAAAAAAAACAAUGCAAAUUCAUUUUGCAUGCGAAAAAUGUAAUAAUUUUUUUGUUUACACUUUUGUUGCAUUUUGUGUUUGGUUUUAUUUAAUUUUUUUUUGUCGCGCUGAAUGUUAACAACAUGGAAAUCCUCUCUUAUUCGUAUAAUGUUGUAUUUAUUAUCUAUUAUUUAACACUAUCACAACCACACACUCUCAUACAUUACACAUAAACACACACACACAUACGAAGAGGUGGCAUAAGCUCGCUCACAUCAAUAACAACGCAAUGAAUAUGGGGUAAAAAACAAAUCUACAUAUAAUUCAUUACAUUUUGUUGAUACAAUCAUAAUAAUUAUAUAUUAAACUUUGCCAAUACACCUACCAUGCGUAUAACUAAUUUAUUAGUCCUUUAUUCAAUACUCUUAAAUUAUUUAAUGCAACAAACACACACACACACACAGCUAACCACAUAUACAGCGAUUAACAUUAUCAAUUUACAAAAGAAAAAACUCAACUGGAAAAUGCGAAAAACAUUUACCGAGCAAAACAAAAAAUAAUAGAUCUUUAAAAGCAUAAUUUAAACAAAACAAAUCAACUUGCAGAUAUUUAAAUGUAAUACAGAAAAACAACAACUGAACAAGCAACCGUAAGAAAUAACAUAAAUAUAUAAUAAUACAAAAACAAACAGGAUCUUCUCAUUUAUUUGAAGAACAAUGUCAAUAAUAUGUAAGAAAAACACAAAAAAAAAGAAGAAAUCUUUUAACAAUACGUCUAAAGAAAAACGAUAACGAUAAAUAAUAGUAAUGUUGUGUAAUUCAAAUAAAAAACAAAAGAAAUUAAAAAAAAAA